UUAAAUCUUUUAAUUCGCGCAGCAGUUCUAACAAUCAUCAAGAUUCAAGAAUUCUAGACAAGCAAAAUAAAAAACAAAAUUCAUCAAGAAGACAAAAGCCGCGUCUCCGGUCUCCAGUCGUCCUAUGUUCCUCUGCCGUUUUCCCUUUGUCUCCUUCGGUGAUCAUCAAAUAGAACCUCUUCCUUUAACCCGUUGAAUUCCCAGGAUCCCCUUCUUGUUCAACUCUGAGUUUCUCCGGUUUUGUUGGCUGCUGCAUGGAGAUUGUGGCUGAUGCUGCAUAAAUGGAAGGAGAAUUUCCUUUUCUCCAAUUCUAUCACUUUUUUUCUGGGGAUUAAUGAUACAGUCCUUGAUGAUGAACCCGAGAAUCAAACAUCGUCCUACCAUCUGCUAUAGGCCGAUAAAGCCAUCUGAUUUAGAAACUUUGGAACAAAUCCACAGUGACUUAUUUCCUAUCAGGUAUGAGUCAGAGUUUUUCCAAAGUGUCGUGAAUGGAUGUGAUGUUGUGUCAUGGGCAGCUGUUGAUCGCAGUCGACCCGAUGGUCAAAGUGAUGAGCUUAUUGGAUUUGUUACUGCAAGAAUUAUAAUGGUAAAGGAUAGUGAGGUAGCAGAUUUGCUCAGUUAUGACUCAUCAAGGUGGGAUCAAAAUUUAGUAUAUAUUCUGACACUCGGAGUUGUAGAUGCAUACAGAAAUCUCGGUAUAGCUACAGCACUGAUCCGUGAGGUUAUUAAAUACGCUUCAAGCAUCCCAGUAUGCCGUGCAGUUUACUUGCAUGUGAUUUCUUAUAAUAAUCCAGCCAUUCAUUUAUACACGAAGAUGUCAUUCAAGUGUGUGCGGAGGUUGCAUGGAUUUUACUUGAUCCAUGGUCAUCAUUAUGAUUCAUAUUUGUUCAUCUAUUACAUAAAUGGCGGCCGUUCUCCUUGCUCACCAUUAGAGCUCAUCACACUUAUUGUUCGUUGCACAAAGACCGGUCUGAAGACUGUGGCUUCUAAGCUGAUGAUGGCGAAACCGAAAUGGCCUAAAGGCAACGAAACUCAAAGUAAGAGAAUGACUAAUACCGAGUGUUCCGGAUUAGAGUAUGUUUGAUAAGUGUUGUAGUUGUGUGGUUGUCAGCCAUCUUUCAAGACAUUUAAUAAAAAAGAAGAGUUGACACCAUUCAAAGAGAAGAAGAAAAAGUCAACUACCGAUCUAUACUAUUCCCUCUUUCUUCAUCUGUUAAUGUUUCCUAAAGAAAUAAGGGAAAAGGAGAAAAUAGUGAAUGUAUGUUUA